CGCGCAAGAUCAGGCAAGACAAAAAUGCGCGUUUGUUUCAGCUUUGAUGAGCCACCGAUUCUGUCUCUGAACAGUCUGACCCAUACCCUUCCCAUCCCCAAGGGCCCCAAGCUGCGGUGCUAGUGAUAAGGAGAACUGAAGAAUGAGACAAGAAGUACAAGAACCAAGAACAGCAAGAUAGAACAAACUGAGCUUCAAAGCCCAAUUAGAAAGGAUAGUCGCGCAGCUGCAUUUCCUUAAAACAGUUGUUGUCACCAUCAGCUUUUUACUCAACCACGUACAUACACUUAACAGGUCCUGAUGUCUCUCCACGCUUGUCCCAUUGGCUACUGGAACUCCACCGCAGCCCCAACUCUUCCAAGUCAAAACAAUGUCUACCCCUUCUUCAGCAGUCCUUCAAACGUGAGCAGUGCCAUGGCCACUGGGUACCCACUACAGCAUCAGAUACCUUCUUUUAUGCUUUCUCCUUACAAUUCACGAGCACUGUACAAUCCAUAUGCCAACACUUUAUUCAGCUCACCCUUAAAGUUCCACUAUGAAGAUAGCACCAGCAAUUCUAGUUCAGCCUCAAGAGAAUUUAUCAACUCUGUUGGCUCUUCUAUGGACAGCAUGUCGGAGCAGGGUGACCUUCCCAAUUGCAACCUAAUUGUGAACUACAUUCCUCCUGAGAUCAGUGAGGCAGAUUUUACAAGGAUGUUCCAGACCUUUGGCAGCCUGAUGAAUGUGAAAAUUGUUCGAGAUUCUAUUACUAGACAGAGCAUGGGCUAUGGCUUCGUCAAGUACACCAAGCCUCAUUUUGCCAAAAAGGCAAUAGAAGCUAUGAAUGGACUCAAAAUUGGAUCAAAAGAAAUCAAGGUGUCAUAUGCACGACCGAGUUGCAAGGACAUCAAAGAUGCCAACCUGUACGUGAGCAACAUUCCCAGCUGCGUGAGAACUACCACCCAACUGGAGGACAUCUUCAGCCCCUACGGCAAAAUCAUCACAUCUCGCCUCUUGCUGGACUCUAACCUGAAGCCUCGCGGUGUCGGCUUUGUCCGAUUCAACGUGAAGCAAGAGGCCUCUGCAGCUGUGAACGCGCUGAACGGGGUCAUUCUCGAACCCUCUGGAGGGCCUCUGAUGGUCAAAUUCGCCAAGGGGAACACCAGGAUUCAUUUUGACGACGUGGAGCCCAUCAUGCCCACCAACCAGGUCAAGAACGUGGUCUACGUCACUAACCUGGACAACUCUGUCAAGGAGAGCAACCUGAUGGAACUGUUCGGCCAGUUUGGAGAAGUCUACGACAUCUCCAUAAUCAAGAACUCUUGGACCGGCAGGAAGAACUAUGCCUUUGUGACCCUGCCCUCGUUUGCAUCGGCGCAGGCCGCAAUCAACCAGCUGAAUGGAAAAGUCUUGGGCACCAGGAGGAUCCACGUGGCCUUCCGUCACCACCCACCAACUGCUUAAAGUGCAAACAUGAUUGAUUCCCGCACAAUCACACACACCAUCUUGUGUGAAAUGAGGACAAAAGCCUGCCAGAAUUUUUUCACAAUGAAUGACUACGAACAUCACGAUUUCUCUACAUUCCAAAUUUAAUAUAAGACAGAGAUUUUAAAUUUUAAUGAGAAUUUACUGAGGGAACCCCUCUAUUUUCUGGCUAUUCAUCCUGGAGAUAAAUCUUGCACCAAAUGACAUGAAUGAUCGGGUUGCUCAAAUUUGUUAAAUAAAGAACUGAUAUACGAAAUUUUCAAUAAAAUUCAUUAUAAUACAAACAA